UUCUCCACAGUCGAGCUUCAACUGUUUUUGAGAUGAUGUCGCCGAAAGAGACCCGCACCUGGCUGCCAUUGGCGGUGGCCGCCCUCCUCUUGAUCCUCGCUCCUCAGUCUUCCCAGGCAGAUGAACCCAUAUAUCGCCUGUGUGUGCCGCAAAUCUAUUUGGCCGAGUGCCAGCAACUUUUGGCUGAUCCCUCGGAGGCGGGCAUUCGCAUGGAGUGUGUAGCUGGACGAGAUCGAGUGGACUGCCUGGAACUGAUCGAACAGCGUAAGGCUGAUGUGCUGGCCACGGAGCCGGAGGACAUGUACAUUGCCUACCAUCGCAAGAACGAGGACUAUCGCGUGGUUUCUGAGAUCCGUACACAGCAGGAUAAGGAUGCCGCCUUCCGUUACGAGGGCAUAAUCCUGGUCAAGAAGGACUCCCCCAUUCGCACUCUGCAGCAGUUGCGUGGCGCCAAGUCCUGCCACACUGGAUUCGGUCGCAACGUUGGCUACAAAAUCCCCAUCACCAAGCUAAAGAACACGCACGUCCUGAAGGUAUCCGCUGAUCCACAGAUCUCCGCCACCGAACGUGAGCUCAAAUCGUUGUCCGAGUUCUUCACGCAAUCGUGCCUUGUGGGCACCUACUCUACGCACCCGGAUACGGAUCGUCUGCUGAAGAAGAAGUACUCCAAUCUGUGUGCCCUCUGCGAGAAGCCAGAACAGUGCAACUAUCCGGACAAGUUCAGUGGCUAUGAUGGCGCCAUUCGUUGCCUGGACAAGGGUCAGGGUGAGGUGGCCUUCUCGAAGGUGCAGUAUAUUAAGAAGUACUUUGGUCUGCCGGGUGCUGGACCAGAUGCUCCGCCAGCUGAGGGCAAUCCCGAUAACUUCGAGUACUUGUGCGAGGAUGGUAGCCGUCGUCCCGUUACCGGACCCGCCUGCUCCUGGGCCCAGCGGCCAUGGAGUGGUUAUAUUUCCAACGAGCAGGCCGUCCAUAACUCAGAGCAACUGCAUCAGCUGCAGUCGCGUCUGGAACGAUUCUUUGCCAACGGACUGCAGGCGAAGAACAAGGACGCUGCCUCCCAUCUGCUGAUCCAACCGAAUGCCGUGUAUCACAGCAAGGAUGCGGCCAUUGAUCCCAAGGUAUAUUUGGAGCGUGCCGGCUAUAAGGAUGUGAUUGAACGCGAUGGCAGUGCCAUUAGGAAGAUCCGUUUGUGUGCCCAGAACGACGAUGAGUACGCCAAAUGCCAGGCUCUUCACCAAGCCGCCUAUGCCCGUGAUGCUCGUCCGGAACUGGAGUGCGUUCAGUCCACCGAUUGUGUGGUUGCCCUGACCAAGAAGGAGGCCGAUUUGACCAUUGUCCAUGGUUCGGGUUACGCCGAUGCCCGUAGCAACCAGCUGCAGCCCGUUAUCUACGAACAGAAGGCUGAGGAUGAUGUCCUGGUCGCUGUGGUGGCACCCAGCGUUACCCGGGAGGCUCUCCAAAAGGCCGGCAUUAAGUUUAAUGAGAAUUGUGGACGUUCUCGUAAGGCUGCCGCCCUGUUAAACAAGCGACGUGGCCUGGAAGGCUGCCAUGUCACCUCCAGUGAUGAUGGUGAGAUACAGAUCGUGCCCGCCUCUGAGCUGGAGAAGCACAAGGAUUCGCAGCUACUGUGCCCCAGUUUGGAACGACGACCGGUCACUGAUUUCCGGGAUUGCAACGUGGAUGUCCAGCUGCCAAGGGCCAUCUUCAUCCGUUCGGACACCACCAGCGUUGAGCAGGAGACGGUGAAGCAUCUGUUCUCAUUGAUCUCGGAUAAGUUUGGUGCCCACGGCAAGUUGGUGGAUGUUUUUGCUCUUUUUGGGGAGUUCCAGAAGGGCAAGAAGAAUGUGUAUUUCCAUGACAAUGCCGUUAAGCUUGUGACGGAGAUUAAGAAUGAAAUCCAAGACGAGCAGAUCUAUGCUGAUCUCCAGUGCGAUAAUAACAAGAUAGCCAAGCAGUGAGCACAGAGGAAGCCAAGUUAUACUAAGUAUAUCUUCUCCAAUGUCUAAGCAUUAAUAAAUCUUAACAUGAAUAUUA